AUGGUGACAGUUCCAAAACAAGCGCCACGUCAGUCACUGACGGUGGUCGACAACCGGACAAACAAGGUGUAUGAGCUCCCCAUCAAGCACAACUCGGUGCUGGCCACAGAUAUCAAGAAGAUCAAGUCUCAGGCUGGGGAUGACCGGAAGGAGGAUGAGACGGAACAGGGCCUCAGGGUCUUCGAUCCAGCCUACAUGAACACAGCUGUAGUGGAAAGCAAGAUCACCUACAUCAACGGUCUGGACGGCAUCCUGCGGUAUCGAGGCUACCCGAUUGAGCAGCUGGUCAAGAAGAGCGACUUCCUGGAAUCGGCGUUCCUGCUCAUCUAUGGCGAGCUGCCGACGAAGAACCAGUACAGUAACUGGCAGAACGAGAUCAUGCAUCACACCUACAUCCACAGCGACAUUGAGGGCAUCUUCAAGUCGUUCCGAUACGACUCGCACCCAAUGUCCAUGUUGACAUCUUCAUUCGCUACGCUUGGUGCCUUCGCACCCGAGGCCAACCCUUCACUCAGGGGCCAGAAGCUCUUUACUAAUGCUGCCUCUGGAGACCCGGCGGCACUUCAGAUCCUAGACAAGCAGAUCCUUCGCAUUAUUGGCAAGGCGCCUACGCUAGCAGCCGCGUCUUACCGAAUGAGACAAGGCAGACCGUUCAAUCGACCGGCACAGGGCCUGUCGUACACGGGCAACUUCCUCUACCUGCUAGACCACCUGUCCGGCACCGAGUACCGGCCCCAUCCCGUGCUUGAGAAGGCCCUCGACGCCCUUUUCAUCAUUCACGCGGACCACGAGGUGAACUGCUCGACCGCUACCGUUCUGCAGGUUGGCAGCUCUCUCGUGGACCCCUACUCCGUGGUCUCAGCCGGCUGCGCGGCAUUGUACGGUCCAUCGCACGGUGGCGCCUCCGAGAGCGCGAUCCGCAUGCUGAUGGAGAUCGGAUCGCCGGAAAACGUGCCGGCAUUCAUGGCCCAGGUGGAGAAGCGCGAGCGCGUGCUGGUCGGGUUCGGCCACCGCGUAUACAAGAACGUCGACCCGCGGUCCACUGCCAUCCGCGAGCUGGCCGAGCAGGUCUUCCAGGUUACGGGGCGGAACAAGCUCCUGGACACUGCCACGACUCUCGCGGACUAUGCCCGGAAGAGCGAGUUCAUGCGCAGCCGUAACUUGUACCCCAACGUCGACUUCUACUCUGGGUUGAUCUACCAGGCUAUGGGCUUCCCGCUUGACUUUUAUCCCGUGCUUUUUGCUGUGCCGAGGUGUGUGGGCUGGCUGGCGCACUGGCGGCAAAUGAUGCUCAACCCGUCUGGCGUCAAGAUCUGGAGGCCCCGGCAGCUGUAUCUUGGUGAGGGUGAGCGGGAGUAUGUCGAGGCGGACAAGCGCAAGGAGAAGGCGAAUGCUACCCCCUUUGAUGCCCCUGUCGAGGUUCAUCACGGCGGCGAUAGCAAGAGGAACCGACUUGCUUCGUACAAGGAUGCGGCAGGUCACACUCGGGAUAGAGCCAAGCUCUGA